CUAAACGCUAGCGAGCGCGCUAGCCAGUUUUGUUCUCUCGUUUGAAAAUUAAUUCGUUCUAUUAUGACCACAAUGUCCGGAGGGACAAACCUCGGGAUUCCCGGGACGAGCCAAGCCACCUCCGGCACAUUCGCACAUCGGAAAAAAGACAGCAGCCCGUCCGCCAGGUUUUGGGAGAGUCCGGAUACUUUAGCCCAGCUGGAGGUGGUGCGACAGUGGAUCGGAAAGCACUACAAAAAGUAUGUGUUGGCGGAUGCCCCGUCUUGCCAGGUUCUGGCUGCAGUCACCCUGCAGCUUCUCCAGUUCCAAGAGGAUGCAUUUGGCCGACAGGCUACCAGCCCUGCACUCACCAAACUGCCUGCACAGUGCUUCCUUGACUUGCGACCAGGGGGUGGACUCUGCCACAUUCUUGGCACUGCUUACAAGUUUAAGUUUGAUCAGGGCUGGCGAAGGUUUGACUUACAGAAUCCAUCAAGGACCGAGAGGAAUGUGGAGAUGUUUGGUACGAUUGAAAAAGCACUGAUCCAGAACAACUGCACGUCAUUGCCUGUCAUAUAUCUGGACCCUGCACUGGAUCAGGAUCUGGCUAGCAGACUAACUGGUAUCAUCACCAAACAUCAGGGUACUGUCACUGAAGACAGAACGCUUGCCAGUCAUCACAUAUGCCCCUCCCCUGCCUCUGCAGAGGAAGAUGAGUGGAUGCGUCCAGUAAUGCGGAAGGACAAGCAUGUGUUGGUACAUUGGGGCAUGCACCCUGACAGUUAUGACAGUUGGCUAUCAUCAAGUGAUGUUGAGGGAGAGAUUGAAGAGCUGCCACAUCCAGAAAGGCCCUGGAGGGUCCAUGCUGGUUGGGUACUGGACACGGAUGUUUUCAACGAGUGGAUGAAUGAGGAAGACUAUUGUGUAGAUGAGAGGAAUGUACCAGUCAUCCUCCGUCAGCGUAUUCACCUCCAAGACGACCAGGACCCAAAGUCCACACCCUCCAAAAAGAGAAGGCGCUCCCCCUCCCCUCCCUCCUCUGAAGGCAGGAAGAAAGGAAAAAAAGGGAGAAGGCGUGGACAACAGGAUGAAGAGCCAGAGGAGGACCUGACCAAAGACAUGGAAGACCCGACUCCUGUGCCUAACAUGGAGGAGGUCAUACUACCCAAGAAUGUAAACCUAAAGAAAGACAGUGAGAAUACUCCAGUGAAAGGAGGGAUCAUGGCUGACCUGGAUGACCAGGAGGAUGAUUUCCCAGGAAGGGAAGAUGAGGAUGGAAGAGGAGAGAUCCCACGCCUAUCAGAGGGAGAGGAAAAUAUCACAGAACAAACACAUCACAUUAUAAUACCGAGCUACACAUCGUGGUUCAAUUACAACUGCAUUCACUCGAUAGAGAAACGCGCGCUGCCUGAAUUCUUCAAUGGAAAGAACAAAUCAAAAUCUCCUGAGAUCUACCUGGCAUAUCGUAACUUCAUGAUCGACACAUACCGACUGAACCCCCAGGAAUAUCUCAGUUCAACGUCCUGUAGACGCAACCUCACUGGAGACGUUUGUGCCCUCAUAAGGGUUCAUGCUUUUUUGGAGCAGUGGGGUUUGAUUAACUACCAAGUGGAUGCAGAGAGCAGGCCUCUCCCUAUGGGACCUCCACCCACCCCUCACUUCAACGUACUGGCUGAUACACCAUCUGGGCUGGCCCCCCUGCAACACAAACCGCUACAGGUGUCAGCUUCACAGCACAUGUUGUAUUUCCCAGAAAAGAGCAGAGAGAAACCUUCAGACUGCCAGAACUUUGGUCUGCGCACUGACAUCUACGCCAAGAAACACCCUAAGACUAAAGGAGCGAGUGCAGGAAGAGAAUGGACAGAGCAGGAGACUCUUUUGCUGUUGGAGGCCUUAGAGGUUUACAGAGAUGACUGGAAUAAAGUGUCAGAGCACGUGGGCUCCAGAACGCAGGAUGAAUGUAUCCUCCACUUCCUUCGUCUGCCUAUAGAAGACCCUUACCUUGAAGACUCUUCGGCCUCUCUUGGUCCACUGGCAUAUCAGCCUGUGCCUUUCAGCCAAUCAGAGAACCCUGUUAUGAGCACCGUGGCCUUCCUGGCAUCUGUGGUGGAUCCUCGUGUGGCAUCAGCUGCAGCUAAGGCGGCACUGGAGGAGUUUUCCAGAGUACAGGAGGAAUCGGUGGAUAAAGCCUCUGAAAUGUCCAACCAACCAGAAAAAAAUGAAUCAAUAGAUGCAGAAAAACUGGAGACAAAUUCUAACAUUCAUCAGGUUCCUGUCAGGACUGACGGACUCCAGGUGGAACCCAGUGGGCCACAAGUGGAGGGAGUCAAAAGAGAAAAUGCUGAAAAUAUACUUGCUGAGGAGAGAGAUGGAAGGGGAGAUAGUGAUGAGAGCGCAGGCCGGCGGGAGGGGGAUGGGGAUGGGGACGAUGGAAGGAGAGUGAUGGAAAUGGACCUGGUGGAGGGCAGUGUUACCACGGCAGCAGCGGCAGCUCUGUCCUCGGCUGCCACAAAGGCCAAGCAUUUGGCAGCAGUGGAAGAGAGAAAGAUCAAAUCACUUGUGGCUUUGCUGGUGGAGACUCAAAUGAAGAAGUUGGAGAUCAAGUUGAGACACUUUGAAGAACUUGAAACCAUCAUGGACCGCGAGAAAGAGGCUUUAGAGCAGCAGCGACAACAGCUCCUGUCAGAGAGACAGACUUUCCACACUGAGCAGCUGAAGCAGGCAGAGAUGAAGGUUCGCCAGCAGAGGGAGCAGCAGGGGCAGCCGGGUUACACAAUGCAGCAUUCAGGCCAGUCCAUUCCUAACCGAAUGAUCCCUGCAGGAGGAAAUGCCCAGACGAUGGCCCCUCGACACCCUGGAGCUCCAAAUGGCAUGUACCCAUCUUCACAACCUGAUGGGAUAGCACCAGCUCCCACCGGUCCAUCGUCCAGUCACAGCUGAACUGGUCAGAAAACAAUAGAUACACAUGUGCGUACAUCAGUCCUCUUUCAAUGCAGGCCAGGCAUCAGGAACAGUUACUCAAAAUUCAACUUUGUAUCGCUUCAGUAGUUACAUUUUAAUACUGAAGGAUUCACAAAGAGGUAGACACAGUUGAUAUGUAUUUGUUCAACAGCUCAGCUCAUCCAGUCUCUGUGAACUAUUUGUGCUCUGAUGUCAGAGUUGAGAAAUCUGUAGACUGAACUCUGCUCAUUAAAGUUGCUUUUUUUUUU